AUGGAUCAACUUUUUACUGGAAAUUUGAAUGAGCUAGCUCUGAACAAAAUUAAAUAAGAAAAAACAAAAACUAUAUACUAUAGAAUUGUGAAAAGAAAUAGGUCACAACCUCAUAAUCUCUUUAGUAACAUCCAAUCACCAAAUUUUAGAAAACCAUAAGAAAAGAUAGCUUAAUUGAAUCAAAGAAGUCCAAACUACAAGAAUAUUAUUUCGCCAAUCUAAAGAGGGAUUCAUAUCGAAAAUGUUCAUUAAAAUAAUAAUAAUUAGGGAAAUUUUAUAUCUAUAAAACAAGAAAACUAAUCUAUGAAGUAAAUCUAAAAUCAUUAUCAUAAGAAAUUCUUUAGAACAGUUAAAACUUUAGUCUGCUGA